AUGUCUACUUUGUUCCUAAAAGCAGUUGGUUUGACCGAUAAAAACCUAUCGAGUUCCGUUUUGAGUUCUUUGCAGAAUGUUACGACAACUUCGGUGGAAUUAGACGGUGGCUACUUGCUGGUGGAUCACUAUGGAGAGAAGGGGGUCCGGAAAUCCAUGGAAGACGAGUGCCUCGUCUGCGACUCCUUAAAGGCGCUCUGCCCGCAGCUGCCUCCCGAGUACGACUUUGCAGUUUUUGGCCUCUUCGACGGCCACGGAGGCCGCCAAUCCGCCCUUUUCGCCAAGCAGAACUUGCUCGGCGAGGUGGCCUCACAGCUGGUCGCCCACCUGAACUUGAAGAAGGAGUCCGGUGAGCAGGAGGACUUCGAGGUCACCUUCAAGAAGUCCGUCAACGCCGCUUGCAGGCGUUUGGACACGAGGAUCGCAAACGAGGUCCAGGGCUGCUCUGACGGCUCCACCGCCCUGCUGCUCUUCUUCGGGAGGACGACCGUCUACAUUUUGAACCUCGGCGACUCCGCCGCCUACCUUUGCAAGAAGGUUGACAGCGUCCUGCACUCGGUGCCCCUCAACGACAUUCACAAGCCGUGGUCUCAGAAGGAGAAGGCUCGCAUUCUUCACUACGGCGGCACCAUUGAGGGCGGCCGCGUCAACGGCCUUCUCGAGGUGACUCGCUCCUUCGGCGACCUGCAGCUUAAGAAGUAUGGAGUUCUCUGCGUCGGCUCCUUUCGCAAAUUUGAACUCGACUUCCAGAGGGACGAGUUAAUCGUCAUUGCCUGCGACGGCUUUUGGGGCCUGUUUGACGCUGGUGAUGCCUGCAGGAAGUCUUUGGACUUCGUCGUGAAGGAGGAAAUGAGGGCCUCCACUUCUCCUCACCUUCCCUUUCCUCAGCUUAAGAAGGUCUGCAAGGAGCUCGUCGACAUUGCUUUGAACGUUAAACGUUCCCAGGACAAUGUUUCCGUCAUGCUCGUUCGCCUAAAAAGCAAGUGA